UUAGAGAUGAAGAAUCUCACAAGGCUUUCCUUCUUCCUCUUCAUCACUAUCCUUUGUGUCUCAGUUGUCACAGCAGAAGAAAGAGCACCCCAUGGUCUUGUUUAUGUGAAACCUGAAGCUUUUUCACCAUCAGCAUACAACUUCUUUCACCCCAUCAAUAACAAUGCAAGGAAAAAGAAGCCUGAGACCAAAACACAAGAACCUUGUAGUGCAUCAUCAUCCAAAUGUUCACCAAUGCCAUUAUCAGUUACAGCACAAUCUGAAGAAGCAACACAAAUUCAUGAAAGUAAAUCCUCAUCAUCAUCCACAAAGGAGGAUAAUAAUGUUAGCAAAAAUAUUGGAGCUGGUGGGAUAGCAGGCAUUUUAUUUGGUAUAGUUUUUGUGGUGCUUUUAGCAUGUAACCAGCAGAGGAAGAUGAGCCAUUGGAUGAAAUUUCACACCAAUCUUACACCAUCAAAUCAUCAUUGAUGGCUAGU